AUGAAAGCUGCAGUAGUCUUGACGUUACUUUUCAUUGUGGAAAGUUGUGCUCCAUCUGAAUUAACCUGGGAUGGAAUUGGCAACUGGUUGAGGAAAAACCCAGAUCUCGAGGUCAAAAUAGAAAUAGUAAGUUGAUUUAAAGUUGACUGUUUCAAAAAGUUUUUGUGAUUUAAAACACUUUUUUUACCUACUUUAGUAAUAAAAUUAUGGGACAAAAGUCAUAAAGUGAAUAUGCACCUUGACUAUUCUACGCACUUUUGAUCCGAUAAUUGUUUCAGUCAUAACUUAUCAGCUUAAAAUUACACACUUUGUACUAUUCUCUUCCAGCAUAACAUUGACUCUUUUUUAGGUAGCAGACAACGUGAACUCCGAAGGCUAUCCAUCUCCACUUCCUCCAAGACAAGACUCUCAAACAGUUACAGUGUCAGCCAUUACUAUUGACCAAAAUCAAACCAACCUAGAAGCAAUGGUAUCCUCACAGCCUGCUGAAACCAAUGACACACAAAUAGUUUCAGCUGAAUUACCAGUAGAAAGCCCUGACACCAAUGCAACUACAGCUUCAGAAUUGGACGAAAAAAUUGAAAAUGCCUUAGGAUUAAAAUUUUCGAAACUUGAAGAAAAAAUUGAAGCACUCCUUUUGACUUCAAAGAAUGAAACUGAUAAGGGAGAAGACAACAUCAAGGUGUACAUCGAAUCGCUCAAGACAGAUUUGACCAGCGAAUUCACUGCCAAACUUGACAAAAUCACAGAAACCAUCGCCAAGAUCCAAGAAGCUUUGAAGAAACCUGCUCCACCAACUAAGCUUUCCCCACCAGCUAAGCCUGCCACACCGCCUAAAAAACAGACCGAAAGUUUACCAAAAAAAGUAGAAAACUCAAAGAAACAAUAA